AUGAGUUCUGCGGCGCCUCCAAAAGACAUCGAGAGCUCUUCAAGCGAUGGUUCAAUUCAGAUUCAGCUUCCUCCUGCAGCUGCUCAUCCUAGAAUAUCUCGGUCUCAGACCUCAAAGAGCUUAUUUCUGGGCAUGAAGGAUGUAGACAGCUACACCCGUUCAGUCACUAUGGCGCAAUUCCUUUAUCGUCGAUUUGAGGAGAAAGGCUGGUUACACCCUGAUCCAGCUGCCAGACUCACUUCUUCUCUUGGUAUCAUCAUUCGUGUUGAGCCUGAAACAGAGGAGGAAGCCAAAUUUGUUUCAAAGCCGGAUGAUACAGAUUCCGACCUGCAAUUAAUUAGCGCCAAUCUUGGCCUUCAGGCUGUCUUCACAAUGUCGUCAGAUAUCACAGCUUUGAUCUUCAAGCGCAUCGGGAAGAACGAUUCAGAAGUGACUCUGUCACCACAUAACAUCACCGUUCCUGUCGUGGACUCAUUGAGUGCGUUAGUUGGCGAUGGCUCGAAUGUGAGAAGGCGAGACUUUUGCUGCUUCUCAAGACAAGAAAAGGCCGUCCUCAUCUGGACAAACUCACCCGAUGAGCUCAUGACACACGCCAUUGAAGUCGAGACUAAGCUAAUGGGUUCAAUAUGGGGAACGAUGAUGGUGUCAGGAACACAAAGCCCUAGACUCAGUCGUCCCUUGACAAUGAAUGGGCCAGGAGGUGUAACUCCAUACCAACAUCGGACACCAAGUAUAAUCUCAGAGAGCCCCAGUCGAGCUUACACGCAUUCGAACGAGAAGGGUCUAGUCGUACUCGAUGAGGUAGAUCUUACUGCCGAAGACGAAGAAUCCGCGACACCUGUUGCUCGACCCUUUCUGCUCUCACACUCGGUCAUGGUUGGCCUCGCCAUGUGUUUGCUGAUGGUCAUUGAAUGCUUCGCUGUACGCCUGAUUAUCAUUGAAAUCAAGGCUCUUGGAACUCCGAUGCUUCCUCGUAUUGCCUUGCUUGCACCACUACCCAUCUUCAUGUUCUUCACUCUCUUUUUCACAAUCGUCAUUAUUGGUACUGGUUUCCAGAUGUUCGGUCCUAUGAACGACGUCAAAUUUGGCAACUCACGUUUUUAUAGCUCGCAGCCUCCAAGUCUCAAGCGUCAUCCGGGUUAUCAAUUCCCACAUGUCACCAUUCAGAUGCCUGUUUACAAAGAAGGCCUUAAAGGUGUUAUCAUUCCUACAAUUGAAAGUUUGAUGCCUGCUAUUCGGCAUUAUGAAUCACUCGGUGGUACAGCCAGUAUCUUCGUUUGCGAGGACGGCAUGCAAGCUGUUAACCCUGAGGUCGCUGAGAUGAGAAAGAAGUUCUACAAAGCUAACAACAUUGGAUGGUGUGCUCGACCGCGUCACGGCAAAGACGGCUUUGUGCGAGCUGGAAAAUUCAAGAAAGCUUCAAACAUGAACUACGGCCUCAGUUUUAGUCUACGUGUUGAGGAUGAGCUCUUGCGUUUGAUGAAGUCUAAGGCUGAUGCAGAAGGAAGAACUCAAGAGUCUCUAUCAAUUGAGGAAGAAGAGGAACUCUAUCAGCAAGCUUUGCAAACCGCUCUUGACGGUGAUGGAGGUAAGACCUGGGCAGAGGGAAAUAUUCGUAUGGGAGAGAUCAUUUUGCUUAUUGACUGCGAUACUCGAGUGCCUAUUGACUGUCUGUCUCUCGGAGCUUUGGAAAUGGAGGAAAGCCCUGAAGUCGCUAUCAUCCAGCAUGCCUCUGGUGUGAUGCAAGUAAUUCACAGCUUCUUCGAGAAUGCCAUCACCUACUUCACGAAUCUCGUCUAUUUGCUCAUCAGAUUCUCAGUCGGUAAUGGUGAUUGUGCACCAUUCGUUGGACACAAUGCCUUCCUCCGAUGGAAAGCCAUUCAAAGUGUCUCAUUCAUGGAAAAUGGUAUUGAAAAAUUCUGGUCCGAAAGCCAUGUGUCUGAAGAUUUUGAUAUGUCGCUCCGGCUGCAAACUGCGGGUUUCGUUGUGCGCCUUGCAACUUACGAUAAGGGCGAAUUCAAAGAAGGCGUGUCACUCACCGCGUUCGAUGAGCUCUUGCGAUGGGAGAAGUAUGCGUAUGGUUGUUCUGAGCUGAUCUUCCACCCCGUCUAUCAAUGGAUAUAUCGUGGCCCGUUUACCGAACUUUUCCGUCGCUUCCUCUGGUCAAAUAUGAAGGUAUCGGCGAAAUUCACAAUUCUCGGAUAUAUUGGAACCUACUAUGCUAUCGGCGCAUCUCUUCCCCUGUCGAUUACGAACUACUUCCUGACAGGUUGGAUUGCAGCCGACUUGGAUCACAGUUAUCUCCCCAGUUGGGAUAUGCUUUGCGGCACACUUUUUAUCUUCGUCUUCGUCAGUCCAAUUGCAUUCGCAUGGUACAGACAGCGGUUGGGUGAUAAGCCAUUCAUCUGGGCCCUGAUAGAGGCGUUCACGUGGCUGCCCUUCUUCGUCAUUUUCUUCGGAGGUGUUUCCUGGCAUAUUUCUUAUGCUCUCCUGGCUCACAUGUUCUGUCUCCCCAUUGAGUGGUCAUCAACAGCCAAGGAACUUGAAUCUGGUGGCUUCUUUAUUGGUAUGGAAAGAGUAUUCAAAGCCUUUAAGAUGGUUCUUCUAUUCAUGGCUUGUUUGACUGCCUGUGUGAUCUAUAUGGCGCUAUAUGCUCCCUAUGGUUGGAAGAUUAGUGCCUGGACAUCGAUUUUGCCCGUGGCUAACCAAAUUGUCGGUCACGUCUUGUUGCCUGUUAUGACUAUUUUGCUUUAG